UUCCGAAAGUGGAUUGUGUUGUGGAUUUGGUGUUUUGUUUUGUGUUUUCUAAAGUUGAAGUUGGUUUGAUCAUCGGAAUGGACAAGGCAAUUAGACCGGUGUUCACCUUGGAGCUGAACUAUAAAAUCAUACCGAGUCUUAUCACCAUCGGCAAGUACGAUGGCACGCAUCCGUGUUUAACGGCAGCCACUUUCGCUGAUAAGGUGUUGAUUCAUAGUCCGCAUAGGAAAACCUCGGUGAUAAGCGGGCGUGUGGUCUGGUCGGAAACAAAUCGCGAAAUCGCAACGCUGAAUAUUAAUCAGUCCAUCACCGCAAUCGCCGCCGGCGUUUUACUGCCGCAGGAAGACAAAGAUGUAUUAAUAGUUGGUACACCAACGCAUUUACUCGCUUAUCACGUCCACGACAAUAAAGAUAUAUUGUAUAAAGAAUGCGUCGAUGGCGUGAAGGCGAUCGCGCUGGGCCACUUCAGCGAUAACAAAACGCCGAUGAUUUUGGCCGGUGGCAACUCCACUAUUCACGGCUACGACCACGCCGGCAAUGAAAUCUUCUGGGUCGCCAUUGGCGACGUGGUGACCUCACUCAUACUCUUAGAUUACAAUAAGGACGGUUACAAUGAAUUGGUUGUAAGCUCGGCCGAUUUCAACAUCCGUGUAUUCAAAGGUGAUCAAGUGAUUGCCGAGCAUACUGAAACUGAAAAAGUCACUUCGUUGGUCGCGUUGUCGGAGAAUCGUUUUGCAUAUUCAGUGGCGAAUGGUACGGUUGGUGUAUAUGAACAGGAUGUGCGUCUUUGGCGUGUGAAAUCGAAGAACUUUGCUAUUUCGAUCUUUUGCUACGAUCUGCUCGGGCAAGGCUCGUCGCAAUUAAUCAUCGGCUGGUCGAGUGGGAAAAUCGAUUGCCGGUCGAUAAGAACCGGCGAGGUGUUGUUCAAAGAUGCGCUCAAUCAUGGCUGUGCCGGAAUUGUCGAAGGAGACUAUAGAUCAAUUGGAAGGGCGGAUCUUAUUUGUGUUUCUACUGAUGGCGAAGUCCGUGGAUAUACUACAACUAAAUCCAUGUCAAUUGCUCCCGGAAGUGGAGUGGAACAAGACACAGUACGAGAUCUCCUCGCCCAAAAACAAGUCCUUCUUAUGGAAUUAAAACACUACGAAAACAACAAUCGUGUGAACGAUGAAAUUGAAAAACGCGAUGAAAAUCUUGAACAUGGUAAUGUCAUACCAGCAAACACUCGCUUACAGAUUGCCAUCUCAACCAACGACAGCAAUAAUGAAUCGAGUUAUGUGGAAAUCUACAUAACUACCAACAAUCAUACAAUUAUCAAAGCUGUCAUCGUGUUCGCCGAAGGGAUAUUCAAAGGCGAGACACGCGUGGUCCACCCACAUCAAAGUCGCUUGUCGUCCGAGGCGCACGUGCGUCUCCAUCCGCCGAAGGAUAAUCCAGUUGACAUUCACCUCAAGGCAUUAGUCGGCUUUCCGAACAGCAGCCAGUUUCAUGUCUUUGAGGUAACACGACAAUUGCCACGAUUCUCGAUGUAUGCUCUCCUUGAGAACAAGCCUUGUCUUGCGCAGAGCUACGUUCAGUUUAAGAUCAACGAGCGCUUGCAGCGUAUCUGCAUGUGGAUUAAUCAGAACUUUCUGCUUACGAAGGAUAUCGAAGUGGAUGCGACGCCGGAUUUGAAAGUACAUCUUCGCUGUUUGAGAGAUAAUAAGGAUUUGGAGAUGCAUUUUGGUAUUUCGGGAAAAGUGCAGAUUUUCACGGAUAAUUUGCAGCUGGCUGCUGAUUUAGUACAGUCAUUGGCUAGUUUCAAUAAUAUAGAGACUUUAGAAUCCACAGCACAUUUCCCGGCUGAAGAACAGAAGAUUCGUGAAUAUAUCACGAAAUUAAAUGAGAUUCAAGAGGCGAGAGUACGUUUGGGUACUGAUAUUGCUGAUAGACUGGGGCAGAUUCGUGGGUUUAUUAUUCGAGGAGAAGAUUCACGGAUCAACGCGCCGGAUCAAGUUCCUCUUUAUUACAAUGCUUUGAAUAAUAUUAAUCAGGAACUUAUAAAUGGUUAUAAUAUUCGUUUGCAGAAUUAUAACGAAGGUGUUGAGACUAUGAAGAUGAUAAAUUCUAUUUUGCAAAAGUCCACUAGACUUAGAGUGGGGAUAAAAUCAGCGAAUAUGAUUGGUUUCUGCCGGAAUGCAAUCAAGAAUCAAAAUGUUGAUGGAUUAAUUAAAAUAUUCAGAACUGGAGAGCUUUAAAUUAAGGUUAUGAAAUGAUAUAAAAAUAAUAGAAUAUGUAUAAUCACA